AUGUAUAAGGCCAAAUCACAAUCAUCAACGUCACCAAUACUACAAAAGCUAUUGAAUGGUAAUAAAGUAAAAAAAUUAUUACUUAUAUUAGGAGUUUGGUUUAUAAUAUUCUACAUCAGUGAAUCUAUUUUACCAUAUUUGAAAAUUCUGAGUUGUAAAUGGCCUAAAAUUGAUACAAAUAAUGAACAAACUAAUAUUUUAUUAAUUGCUGAUCCUCAAUUAAUUGAUAAUCACACAUAUCCUGGUAGAAAUCCAUAUUUAUUAAAAUUAUCACAACAUACAGUUGAUCAAUACUUAAAGAGAAAUUAUAAUAACUUAAAAAAUUUAAAACCAAAAUAUACCAUGUUUCUUGGAGAUUUAUUAGAUAAUGGUAGAGCAUCAACUGAUGAAUAUUUUGAAAAUGAAGUUGCUAGAUUUAGGUCGAUCUUUACACCUGAUCCUUCUAUAUAUACGAAUUUACCAGGAAAUCAUGAUAUUGGAUUUGGUGAUUUAAUAAAAAUUGAUAUUAGAAAUAGAUUUGAAAAAACUUUUGGAUCUCCAAAUUUAGUUGUUACAAUAAAUGAAGUAGAUUUUAUAAUGUUAGAUUCAACUAGUUUAUCAUCUACAAAAGACGUUAUUAAUCAAGAAAGUAAAAAAUUUAUAUCUAAUUUACCAACUAAAACAAAUCCUAGAAUUUUAUUGACUCAUGUUCCAUUAUAUCGUGAUCCAAAUUCUGAAUGUGGACCAUUAAGAGAAAAACCAAAAUUUGAUUCAUUAGGAAAAGGUUAUCAAUAUCAAAAUUCAAUAACUAAAGAAAUUUCAUCACAAAUUUUAGAUUAUAUAAAACCAGAUUUAAUAUUUUCUGGUGAUGAUCAUGAUUAUUGUGAUUAUAAACAUAAUGAUAAAAUUAGAGAAAUCACAGUGAAAUCAGUAUCUAUGGCAAUGGGGAUAUGGUAUCCUGCUGUUCAAUUAUUAAGUUUUAAAAAUACUGAGAAGGGGUUACGAUACCAAACUGAAAUUUGUUAUUUACAAACUCCUUAUUAUAAUGUUGUUAUGUACAUUAUAUUGGCUUUGGUCAGUUUUGGAUUUCUAGUUUUCCUGAAUUUGAAGUUAAAAUUAAAUCAAAAUCAAGGUAAUAUUUUACCAUUAAAUAAUUAUAAGGUUAAUACUAUUUUAAAAAGAGGUUUGGUUUGGGAUUGUGCUAAGGAUUCUAUUAUAGCUGGUGCUUUGGUUCUUUUAAUUUAUCGAGUAUUUAUUGUAAAGUGA